UUAGGACUACAAAUCUCAGGAAGCUGGUGGGUGAUGAAUGAAAACCUUAGUCCCACUGGCACUGCAGGAGGGCCAGGAGAGCAGUGGCAUCAUAAGCCACAGGGUGGGGCAGCCCAGGCAGUGGGGGAGGGGCGACAGCCAUACUGGGGCAUUGUGAGGUGUGGGGAGGGGCAUUGUGAGUCAGACCUUGGCUUGGCUUCCACCUGGGCCAGUGGGCUUCAGUCUGUAGGUGACUGCAGAAGGAGCAGCAGCUCCUUUUGUACUCUCUUCAGGCAGUUGUUGUAUCUCUCAGCGCUUGUUGGGUUCCCAACCUAUUAAAUUAGCCAUCUGUUUUUGACCCUCCCAGACAAGUCAACUCAGGAGAGGCGGCAGGGUGCGGGCCUUGGCCCGAGCCCCGGCUGGGGCCGGGCUGUGGGGUGGGCAGGCGAGCCGCAGGCAGGACCAUCUCUGAAAGUGCGGCAUAGCCUCGGCCUAGGGCAGCAGGAGUGCCUGGCCAACACUGUGAGCGGAGGUACAGGUGGCAGCAGACAGGAGUAGAGGUGCCCAAUGGGGAGCAUACUGAGCUGCUGUGUGUGCCCCAAGUUCUGCCAAGAGUUGGACCUGGAUGAGGGGUCAGGGCGUCCUCCAGAAUCUGAAAUCUGUGAGGCAGCAGCUGAGGACACCACAGCAGCAGUGCCCACGGCUGCUGCCGUAGAAACUGCCGAGUUGACUGUUGAAGCUGGUGAGGGCCAUCCUGUGCACGACAUCUGUGAUGGGGAGAUGCCUGAAGAUAGGGCUUUGGAGUCUGACCCUUCUGAUCAUCCAGAAGCUAAGAAAUCUCAAGGAGAUGAUGUGGCAUUAGAGUCCAGCCCUUCUGAAGCAAGGACAUCCCAAACAGCAGAAGAAAUAGGAGAAAACAGCAGUACAAACCAUAUACAUAUGGAUCGUUUUUCCUUGAAGUUCAGCUCAUGCUCAACCAUUUUCGUAGAAGACAGCACAGCCAGCUUGCCUCACCUUAAAACGACACUAAAAUCGUGAGUACAACUAUACUGCCAAGGGACAGAUUAAAAUUAUUUCAGCCACUUGGUUUUCCUCUUCAAUCAGUUUAAGAAAUUGGAGUCAACUAUAUGUCGAUACCAGAUUCUAAAUAUUAAGUAUCAAUUUCCCUUUUCAUCUUCUACAUCAUGGUGGAAGGAAAAAUCUCUUAGCAAAUAAGCAAUUUCAGAAAAAGUGUUGCUAUUUAUUUGAUGCCUUUAUGCUUUAAGAGAAUGUUGAAUGCAGUAGGAAGGACAGGUUCCCUUUAUUGAAUGUUUUUUGUGAAAAAUUAGUUUCUCAAUGUGUUGCAGGCCUAAGUCAAUGUGUACUACUUUGGACAUUAGUCUUAGAAGAAGGAACAGCUUUU